AGGAGAAGAAGAAGAAGAAGAAGAAGGGCUCACGGUCUGUGGGGGGUGACGGAGGGGUCGAGCGUUUUUGUUCCGCUGGUGGAUCCUGCUUGAACGGUGAGCAGGAGGCACAACAACCCGAACCCGAGCAGCCCGACCCGGAAAGAGCCUGGAGGAGCGGGUCGUUACGGAUCGGAACUAAGGCGCUUUUGUUUCCCUCUCAACUCCUGCGGGUUCGGGGGCUCCGGCGGCGGCGGCGGCGGCGGAGACGAUCCCGCUCGCCCAGGGAAGGAGGCUGGAAGUCGGGGACGCUUCCAGCCUGCAGGGCCGGGCGCCGUGGCGAUCGAGCACCCGGAAUUUGGCGAACCCUUUAGGGCUCAGUGGAUGGGAUGGAGCCGGGACCGUCAGGCGCCGUGCCCGUCGGGCCGUACCCCCCUCCCCUGCAGCAGGUGUUCCAGGCGCCCCGCAGGCCGGGCAUGGGCACCGUCGGCAAACCCAUCAAGCUGCUUGCCAACUACUUCGAGGUGGAGAUCCCAAAAAUGGAUGUGUACCACUACGAAGUGGACAUUAAACCUGAUAAGUGUCCUCGACGGGUCAACAGGGAGGUCGUGGAGUACAUGGUCCAACAUUUCAAACCCCAGCUCUUCGGGGACCGAAAGCCAGUGUAUGAUGGGAAGAAGAAUAUCUACACCGUUUUAGCACUACCUAUAGGAAGCGAAAAGGUUGAUUUCGAGGUGACCAUCCCCGGCGAGGGGAAGGACCGCAUCUUUAAAGUGUCCAUUCGCUGGCUGGCCAAGGUGUCGUGGCGGCUGCUGCAGGAGACGCUGGUCAGCGGACGUCUGCAGGUCCCGCUGGACUCCGUCCAAGCCCUCGACGUGGCCAUGAGACACCUGGCCUCCAUGAGGUACACCCCGGUGGGACGCUCCUUCUUUUCCCCUCCUGAAGGCUACUAUCAUCCUCUGGGCGGAGGCAGAGAGGUCUGGUUCGGCUUCCAUCAGUCUGUCCGGCCAGCCAUGUGGAAGAUGAUGCUCAACAUCGACGUGUCUGCGACGGCCUUCUACAAAGCUCAGCCUGUCAUUGAGUUCAUGUGUGAGGUUCUGGACAUCCGUAACAUCGACGAGCAGCCGAAGACGCUCACCGACUCGCAAAGGGUCCGCUUCACCAAGGAGAUCAAAGGUCUGAAGGUGGAGGUCACGCACUGCGGUCAAAUGAAGAGAAAGUACCGUGUCUGUAACGUCACACGUCGCCCCGCUAGUCACCAAACGUUCCCUUUGCAGCUUGAGAGCGGACAGACGGUGGAAUGCACCGUGGCUCAAUACUUCAAACAGAAGUACAACCUGCAGCUCAAAUACCCCCACCUGCCCUGCCUACAGGUGGGCCAGGAGCAGAAACACACCUACCUGCCCCUGGAGGUGUGCAAUAUCGUAGCAGGGCAGCGGUGCAUCAAGAAACUGACAGAUAAUCAGACCUCCACCAUGAUCAAAGCCACAGCUCGAUCGGCACCAGACAGACAGGAGGAGAUCAGCAGACUGAUGAAGAACGCUAACUUCAACCUGGAUCCCUACAUUCAAGAGUUUGGAAUCAAAGUGAAGGACGACAUGGCCGAGGUGACGGGGAGAGUCCUUCCCGCUCCCAUCCUGCAGUACGGCGGUCGGAACCGUGCCAUCGCCACUCCUAACCAGGGCGUGUGGGACAUGAGAGGAAAGCAGUUCUACAACGGCAUCGAGAUCAAAGUCUGGGCCAUCGCUUGCUUCGCGCCGCAGAAACAGUGUCGGGAAGAGGUGCUCAAGAACUUCACGGACCAGCUGCGUAAGAUCUCGAAGGACGCUGGGAUGCCGAUCCAGGGUCAGCCGUGUUUCUGUAAGUACGCACAGGGAGCAGACAGCGUGGAGCCCAUGUUCAGACACCUGAAGAACACCUACUCCGGCCUGCAGCUCAUCAUCGUCAUCCUGCCCGGAAAAACACCCGUCUACGCCGAGGUGAAGCGCGUGGGAGACACUCUUCUAGGGAUGGCCACUCAGUGCGUUCAGGUGAAGAACGUGGUGAAGACCUCGCCUCAGACGCUCUCCAACCUCUGCCUCAAAAUCAACGUCAAACUCGGCGGCAUCAACAACAUCCUGGUUCCGCAUCAACGGUCGGCAGUGUUCCAGCAGCCGGUGAUCUUCCUCGGAGCGGAUGUCACUCACCCGCCGGCCGGUGAUGGGAAGAAGCCGUCUAUUACUGCUGUGGUGGGCAGUAUGGACGCUCAUCCCAGCAGAUACUGCGCUACAGUACGAGUACAGCGGCCCAGGCAGGAGAUUAUCGAAGACCUGUCGUACAUGGUGCGAGAGUUACUCAUCCAGUUCUACAAGUCCACCCGCUUCAAACCCACCAGAAUCAUCUUCUACAGGGACGGCGUGCCAGAAGGGCAGUUACCACAAAUCCUGCACUACGAGCUGCUGGCCAUCAGAGACGCCUGCAUCAAGCUGGAGAAGGACUACCAGCCGGGCAUCACCUACAUAGUAGUACAGAAGCGCCACCACACGCGCCUUUUCUGCGCCGAUAAAUCUGAAAGAAUCGGGAAGAGUGGGAACAUUCCCGCAGGAACUACGGUCGACACCAGCAUCACGCAUCCGUUCGAGUUUGAUUUCUACCUGUGCAGUCACGCAGGUAUUCAGGGCACCAGCCGACCCUCACACUACUACGUCCUGUGGGACGACAAUCGCUUUACGGCCGACGAGCUGCAGAUUCUCACCUACCAGCUGUGCCACACGUACGUGCGCUGCACCCGCUCCGUCUCCAUCCCAGCGCCCGCGUACUACGCCAGGCUCGUGGCUUUCCGUGCCCGAUACCAUCUCGUGGAUAAAGAGCAUGACAGCGGGGAAGGCAGCCACGUCUCCGGGCAGAGUAACGGCCGGGAUCCCCAGGCGCUGGCCAAAGCCGUGCAGAUUCACCACGACACCCUGAGGACCAUGUACUUUGCCUAAGCAGACCCUCGCCAGUCCCACGGAAACCACCGAACCAACCCGACAUGAAGUCUCCUCGAAUCCGGCUGAACCACGCCCUGUUUUUAUUUAAUUGUAUUAUCGUGUACUACUCCCGCGCUCCCACAUGCACGUACGUAUGCAAUACGGAGGGAAGGAACGUCGUUUUGUACGCCACCGCAAAGCUGCCUCUUAACCUGACGCCCGAAAGCGAGGAUUCGUCGUUACUUCCUUAGGCGUUGUUUCUUUUUUUUUAUUCUUGUGAAAGUUAAAUUUUUGGCUUUUUUGUUUUUUCGUGAAUGACAUGGUACGUUAGCACUUAGUCGUAGUGGCGAGGAGGAAGCGCAGGCAGCGAUCGGCUGUAGCGGAAGUGUUUCUCGGAUCGAUUUUAGACUCGCCGUUAGUUAAGAGAGUGGCCGAAUUAGCGUAACGAUAGAUGGACCACUGAGUGCGUCGCUGCAUUUGCACUCUCACAUCAGCAUAACACCGAAAACCAGCAUUACGCACCAGCCAAGAGCCACGCCGGCCCUCGGGGGAAAGGGCCCUCGUCUGUGAACGCGUGCAGUUCACCCGCGCUUUAACAAAUGAUUUCGCUCGCGUUUUGUUUUUACUUCCAGCGCGCGUGAAUCUUCCUGAACUCACAGGAAAGGUUCACCCAAGAAUGAUGUUUUUUCUUAGUUUCCCGAGCUGUUUUCAGUGCAGCACUAAAUAGAUGCUGAUUUAUAAUGUGAAGCUCCGCGUAAGUGUCAUAAAACUAAUCUGCAUGAUCUGCGUAUUAUCAUUUUAGAGUAAGAAAAAGACCCACAUUUUUAUUAUUACCUUUUUUUUUUUUUUUUGCUGUCAAAUGAUUAAUCGAGAAUCGCAUCCCAAGUUUUUGUCUACAUGAUAUGUGUGUAAUGUGUGUAUUUAUUAAACACGCACACAAACAGCAUAUGUUUUAAAGAUUUACAUGUUUUUGCAUGUAUAUAUUCAUCUUAUAUAUUAACAUAAUUUUUCUUAAGUA